UUCACUUCAAGUUUUGAACUCUCAAACAACAAGCCCCACUCUCCUACAACCAAAUCCCAUUAACAAAAAAAUGACUUCAAAAGUUGCUCGUAAAAUUGCUCAAUCUGUUCUAUCAAGAGAACAAGCUGAAGGAGCUGGUGCCCGCGUUCGUCGUAGCAUUGGCACUCGUUCCCUUCGCAAUCUCGACCCUUUCCUAAUGCUCGACGAAUUCAGUGUUCAAGCACCCGCUGGCUUUCCUGAUCAUCCUCACCGUGGCUUCCAAACUGUUACCUAUAUGUUGGAAGGUGAGUUCUGGCAUGAAGACUUUAAGGGUCACAAGGGCCGCAUUGGACCUGGCGAUCUGCAGUGGAUGUCUGCUGGAAAAGGUAUUAUGCAUUCCGAAAUUCCCGCUACCAACAACAAGGCACACGGUCUUCAGCUUUGGGUCAACCUUUCUGCGAAGGACAAGCUCAGCGAGCCCAACUACCAAGAGUAUCCUGCCACCAACAUCAAGGCUGUUUCACCUGAGGAGGGUAUCGAUAUCAAAGUCAUUGCCGGCGAAUCAUACGGUGUGCAGUCUCCUGUAAUGACCAUGACCCCUACCAUGUAUAUCGACAUCAGCCUCAAGAAGGGCAAGAAGGUUGAACAGAUUAUUCCAAAGUCCUUCCGAGGUUUUGUGUACACCUUGUCCGGAACGGCCAUGUUUGGUGGAGAUAAACACAAAGCAGAAGCGCACCAUACUCUAGUGUUGAGUGAUAACGGCGGAACUUAUCUUCCUGUCGAAUCUUUGUCUGAUGACUGUCGAUUUGUCGUCAUUGCUGGAGAACCAAUCAAUGAACCCAUCAUCCAAUAUGGACCAUUUGUUAUGAAUACCGAGCAGGAAAUCUACCAAGCAUUUGCUGAUUACGAGCAAGGCAAGAAUGGAUUUGAAGGUGCUCCCGGAUGGCAUUCCUCCAUCAGAGAUCUUUGGUCUUAAAUUACUCUCAACUCCUCAGUUUGCACUAAAUGGUGCCAUAUCUCUAUCACUGUAUUUCUAGUUAUUCAAGCUUUUGUUAUUUGUGCUUACUCUAGCAUUAAAUUUGUAUAGAUUAUUCGUGACCUUUAUACUUAUUAAAAGACUUCACGACGUUCAUUAUAAACGGAUAAUACUUUUUUUUAUUUUAAGUUGUUGGGUGGUGGGAAAAAGGUGGUGUUUAUCUAAUGAGACCAUCAGUGACACUGGCGGCCUUGACCUUGACGUCUUCACCAGAGGAGGAUUUGAUCAAGAAGGGCUUAUCUUGGAAGAAGGCGAAAGUCUCGCCGUUAGUCUUGAAGUCGGGUUGAACGGUUUCCCAGUAUUUUUUCUUGGGGUUCAAAACAGCCUCGGGUGUGCCUAGUUUAGAUG